AUGAGCACUUCGGCGGCAGCGAUCCCCGUUAGGCUGAUGCCCGGCGGGCACCCGGAGCAGGCGGCGGCGGGGGCCGUGCCACCCGUGAGGCUCCUCUGCGUCCCCGCCGCGGGCCCGGCGGCCGAACGGGGCAGCCCCGCCGCCAAUGUGCCCGGCGGCCCAGCGCCUUCCGCCGCCCCGCAACCGCCGCGCCUGCCGGCCGUCCCUGGGGGCCCGCGGCCGGUAGCGCCCAAGCGGCCGUCCACGGCCACCCUCCAGUUACCGGCCAACUUCCAACUGCCCCCAGGAACUAUUCUUAUCAGAAGCAAUAAUGGCCAGCUAAUGCUGCUGUCUCAACAAGCAGUAGCACAGGCUCAGGACCAGCCACAAAAUAACCCAAGUGUGAGACCAUCUGUACCGACCAGCACACCUGCAGUCAGAAUAUAUGCUGUGCAGAGCUCUGGCACCCAGUUACUAAAGAAAGUAACAGCUACUCCUGGGAAACCAUCAUUUCCAGCAACAAAUGCUGUGGCUUCUCCUGUUCAGCCACCUGCUGCAGUACAGCCAGCAGCUGGAGCAGGCAGUGUCACUGCAGUUACUGCUGUAAAGCCUUCGAGUACUGGAACACCUGUAAAACUUCCAGUUACAGGACCACCUGCACAAGCUAUUUCCCCAAAGGCAGUCUCUGUGAAAGCAGAGGGCACAACAGUAGCACAGACCAGCACUUCUACAGAGAUGCUAGAGAAUGUGAAGAAAUGCAAGAAUUUUCUUGCCACACUGAUCAAACUGGCAUCUAGUGGACCUCAAGCCUCUGUGAUGGGGCAGAAUGUGAAGAAUCUGGUGCAAAAUCUCCUGGAAGCAAAAAUUGAGCCAGAAGAAUUUACAAAGAAGCUGUAUGUAGAGCUCAAGUCGUCCCCACAACCAUAUUUAGUUCCUUUUCUCAAGAAAAGCUUGCUCACCCUGCGGCAGCUGGUGCCCGACGCUCAGAGCUUCAUCCAGCAGUGUCUGCAGCAGCCAGCCCCAGCACAAGAAGCUGUUUUAACCUGUACCCCUGCAGCCCCAGCUCCUUCCAUAGCAGUGGCAACCUCAGCUGCAGCAACAACUACUCCUCCAGUUACAAACCCAGGGUCUGUUCCUGGAACAGUCACAGCCUCUGCAGUUCUGCAACCAGUGUGUGCAACCACACCUGUGAAGGCUUCUCUGCAGGUGUUGAAGCCUGCUCCUUCCUCUGCAGCAGUGCCAGCACCUCUUCAGCCUGCACCCUCAGUCCUCACCACAAGGACAGCACCAUCAGGCCUGAGUGCUGUCCAAGCUGUCAAGCCAGUCUUCACUUCUGCAGCAGCAACGUCCUCUCUCCAGUCUGUGAAGCCAGUGCUGGUCUCUGCAGUGACCUCUUCCUCAACAAGCCCUCUGCAGCCUCUGAAGCCAGUGGCUGGAACUCCCAUCAGUAUCAAAAUCUCCCAGCCAAGCUCCGUGGCUGUGCAGUCAGUGGGUGCUCAGCAGGUGGUUAAAGUGAAGCAGUUGGUAGUCCAGCAACCACCAGGAACCGUUGUAAAGCAAGUAUCCACACUGCCCCAGCCCUCAACACUGACCCUGCAGACAUCUGCUGAGGAAAGGAUGCCACUGAAUACACUGCUUCAGACUAACCAGUUGCCUCCAGGUUCCAUUCUGAAACAAAUUACCCUGCCAGGAAAUAAAAUUCUGUCGCUUCAAGCAUCUCCUCUUCAGAAAGCUAAAAUGAAAGAGAAUGGAGCAACAUCCUUCAGAGAUGAAGAUGACAUAAAUGAUGUGACCUCCAUGGCUGGGGUCAGCGUUGCUGAGGAGAGUGCCUGCAUUUUGGCAGCCAGCUCUGAGCUCAUCGGUACUGUCGUCCACUCGUGUGCAGAUGAACCUUUUCUCUUCUCAGAAGCACUUCAGAAGAAGAUCUUGAAAAUAGGUAAAAGGCAUGACAUUGUGGAACUUAACUCUGAUGUUGUGAACUUAAUCUCCCAAGCUACCCAGCAGAGAUUACGAGGGCUCCUAGAAAAACUGACUGUAAUUGCUCAGCACAGAGUAUCAACCCACAAGGGCAAUGACAGGUACAUGGUAUCUAGUGACACCAGAGCCCAGCUGAGAUUCCUUGAGAAGCUGGACCACCUGGAAAAGCAGAGAAAGGCUGAGGAGGAACGUGAAAUGUUGCUUCGAGUAGUCAAGAGCCAUGUCAAUAAAGAGGAUCCAGAACAACUGCGGUUAAAGCAGAAAGCGAAAGAGAUGCAACAAAUGGAGUUAGCACAAAUGCAACAAAGAGCAGCCAACCUGACAGCUUUGGCAGCCAUUGGACCAAGGAAGAAAAGACCAUUGGAUUCCUCAAGUGUUGGAUCUGGGCUGGAGGGAUUGAAUGGCAAUGGAAGUGCUCCUGGAUCAGGAGGUUUCAGCCUCACCAAACAGCUGCUGUGCCCAAGAAUCACUCGUGUCUGUCUCAGGGACUUGAUCUUCUGCAUGGAACAGGAGCGGGAGAUGAGACACUCUCUGACCUUGUACCGUGCCCUGCUGAAGUGA